AUGUGUAAAGAAGUCGAGAGGACCAAGACCGCUCGUGUUGGCCGAGCAAGGCAGGUUUAUAAUCCUGCCACAGGCGCCAGGAUUGUUGCUGGCUGCCUGUGUCUGUCAAAGGAUAAUGAAAAAGUUCUGAUGAUAUCAUCAUCAAAACACAAAAAGAGGUGGAUAUUCCCCAAGGGUGGUGUUGAAGAUGAUGAGAGCGAUUACGCAAUGACCGCCCAGAGAGAAACAUGGGAAGAGGCAGGUGCGACUGGGGUAAUUGGUAAAUCUCUGGGAGUUAUCGAAGACAUGAGACCAGCAAAGGCGUGGAAUAAGGAUGUUGCAGCGCUUAGUGAGUCAACCGGUGGGGUCAUAGAACACCCCCCGAGGUCCGAAUUUCACUUCUACGAAAUGCAAGUGACCGAGUUGUUUGGUACCUACCCGGAAUCGCAUAAGAGAAAUAGGGAUUGGUUCACGUAUGGCAAGGCCAGGGAACAGUUGAUUAUAGCUAACCGACCCGAACUGCUUGAGGCCCUUGAGAGGUCGAGCAUCAACAAAAAACUAUAG